UGAGGGUCUCGUUCAGCGCAGCGGCCUUCGGAGCGCUAUUUGGCUCGACCCGGGAUCGGUCGUGGUGAGGUGGACGCAUCGACGAGGCCCGGCGAGUUGGGAAAGGCCGGGUAGGAGCCUUGAGGAGGCAAGGGAACGUGCGGCGGCCCGUUGCUUCAUAGACGAGGGACGACGCUGUAGGCAUGUUUCUGACUCGAGUACUGUUUCGAAACAGAAUUCCUGGAAAACAAUGGAUUGGUAAACACAGACGGCCAAGAUUCAUUACUCCUGUAAUGAAGGCAAAUAUGAUUGGGAGACUUGAAAUUGAAGCUGAAAAUGAAUAUUGGCUAAGUUGUCCAUAUAUGACAAAAGAGCAGGAGUAUCGCCAUGAUGAAGAAAAUGUAUCUGCGUUAAGGCAACAAAGAAUAGCUGAAGAGAGAGCAAAGUUUCCUGAACACAAGUAUGUUUCAGAAUAUCUGAAACACCUUAAUGUGACAAAGAGAUGGGCAGAUUCUUGAUGUGUGUCCUUUGCCAUUCUAACGGAUUUUAUGGAUUCAAUGCGCUAGCUUUUAGUGACAAUGAAACAAUGCAUAAAUAAAUAUAUUCUUGUUUUCAAUCA